AUGACGACGACAAACUCCAAACGAUCCACUUUUCGGCCCUUUCGAAUAUUUCUGGCUAUUCUUUUGCUUCUGGUAACAACUCUGCCGGUGAUUCACUUUCAUCGAUUAGAAAAAGGUUCCAUUAAUCUUAAUGGAGGCUUCAUAGCCACACAUAUCGGUAGUGACCCUCUUCCACCGAUCCACGUGCAGUCAUCCUCUAAAUCAUCCAGCUUUACGCCCGGCGACCCACGAUUUGUACUGGGAAUAAUGAGCCAUGAUCAAUACAAGCAAGAAAUUGACCGACGAGCUACCAUUCGGAGUACCUACCUUUCCUUCUUUUCCAAAUACGAAGCUUCCAUAAGCCCAAACCGAAUUUGUGCACUCAAGGAUCUAAUAUUGGAGGCGAAUAACAGUAACAACGAUAGUGUUCGAAUGAUGGAUGAUUCAAAAAUUCUAUGGAAUCAGUGUCAGCUGGCGUAUACGUUUGUAGUGGGAGGUGCAACGACAGUGGACAAUAACCCAAGUUGGAAUCGGACGGAACUAUUGGAGCCCACAGUCUCGUCCGAACUAUUGACGAGGACACUUCAUUCGGAAUCGGAUGUGAUAUCCUUGAAUAUUCAGGAGAAUGGCAAAUUUGGCAAGUCACCCACUUGGUUUCGAUAUGCCACUUUGCUAUUGAAAGAAUUUAGUGAAAAACACGACCAGCAACAGGACGAUGGAAGCGAGAACAAUUUUCUCCCAUUUGACUACAUUAUCAAAACGGACAGUGAUACGUUGAUUAUUCCCAAACGAUUCUUUAAGUGGGUAGAAGAGCAAGAGCAAAGAAAAGGAUUAAAAAACCAGACAUCAACAGUGGUCGACAGCGACACUCCACAAACCCUGGAAUCAUUAUCCUUAAAAUCGCAAGUCGUACGACAAGCCAUCUAUGGAGGGAGUGCCUUUGACAAGCAAAUGUGUGGCUUUCCAUCACACGAACAUUGUGCCCUGCUCCAAACACCUGUUUUUAUGGGCGGUGCCUUGUACUUUGUGAGCAUCGAUUUGGCAGACUACAUUUCUUCGCACCGUUGUCCCCGAACCGAGCUAUUCAUUCCCCACGAGGACAUGACGAUGGGCAAUUAUGUUCAUUCCUACGAAGCCUACUCGUUGCAGCAGGAGUAUGUCACGCCCCGUAAGGUGGUGCGCAUGUCUUAUCCCAAAGCCUAUUUGAGCAUUUGGAUUCAUCCUGUCAAAAAUCCCAAGCACAUGAAGGGCAAGUGGAGAAAGUACAUUGCGCAGUAUAAGAAGAGAAAAAGAACAACAAAAGAAGCAAGAACAAUCCAAGGACGAUGA